CGAAGAAUUGGUCUUCUGGUCUUUGUAAAAAAUUCCGGGAACUUGCUGGAGGGCUUCUUGGAAGUUGUUCUCCUUAUUUCUACUACUACACUUUCAUUCUUGUUCUGGCCGAUUGAAGGUUGUUGCCGCCGGGAAAUCUAACAUGGCAGAAAUGCUUAUUUCAGGAGUUGUCAAAAAACUUGCUGAUAUAGCAGGUAAUCUAAUAGCAAAAGAAGGCUCUCGUUUGUCUAACUUGAGAGCAAACAUUCGUUGGAUUGAAGAAGAGAUGAGGUCAGUUAAAUCUUUCUUGGAAGAUGCUGAUGCAGAAGAGUCAGAAAGCAGAGGAUUGGCUGACGACAUCAGGAGCAUUUGGGAUCUUGCUUAUGAUUUGGAGGAUAUCAUGGAAGAGUACUUCCCUAAGCUAUCACCACUUAGAAGGAAUGACUGGAAGGGGCGUCUUGGUUGGUUUUUGAAAGCCAAAACUGUUCGUGACUUUGCGGUGAAGAUUGAAGAAAUAAGAGAAAGGGCAGUGGAUAUAAAACGCCGGAGAAAGACAUAUAAAGUCCCAGAUGCAAGUGGCUGUCCUGGAAAACAGGGAUGGGAUCCAAGAAGAACUUUUCCUCACACUGACGAAGUAAAUGUUGUUGGUAUGGACAAACACAUUAAGGAAUUGGUGGCCAAAGUGACGGAUCAAGAUUCAGUGCAUCGUGUGAUCUCAAUUACAGGCAUGCCUGGUCUAGGCAAGACAACACUGGCCAGAAAAGCAAAGCAAGUUGGCUUGUCCGACGAGGAGAGCAAACAGGACUUGGAGGGUAAUUUGUUUCGCCAUUUAAACCUAAAAAGGUAUGUGAUAGUAAUUGAUGAUAUAUGGCAGGUUGAACCAUGGGAUGCUUUAAAAAAUGGCAUUCCUGUUAAUUCCAUGAAUGGCAGUAGAAUAAUCAUCACUUCCAGAUCCAAAGAUGUAUGUGUACGAAUUGGUGGAAAAAAAUUUUCACAUGAAUUGCAACCCUUAGACGAAGAAAAGAGUAGAGAGCUCUUCUUCAAAGUGGUUAUGGCUGCCCCACAAGACAAUGGUGAAGAUGGUGAUUCCUCACAAUUGGAAAACAUUGGUGAGAAAAUACUAAAGAAAUGUGGCGGUGUGCCGCUUGCGAUAGUAGUUGUAGCAGGUGUGUUAUUAUCAAGAGACAGAAGCAUACAAGCUUGGAAAGGGGUAUUAGAGAGUAUAGGUAAAGAUGAAGACCAAUGCCAAAAGAUAUUUGCUUUGAGCUACAAGGAUUUACCUUGAAUGUUGAAACCAUGUUUUUUAUACUUCGGUCUAUAUCCAGAGGAUCACGAAAUUUUCACGUUCAGACUAAUCAAUUUAUGGGCAGCUGAAGGAUUUAUACAUGGCAGUGGAGUAAGGGCAGUUGAGGAUGUGGGGCAAGAUUACCUAAAUCAAUUAAUUGGUAGAAACCUAAUUCAAGUUGUCAAGAGGAGGUUCGACGGGACAGUUAGAUGUUGUCGUAUUCAUGAUAUCUUGCACGACCUUUCCAUUAGCAAGGCUAGGGAGAUGAACUUUCUUACCACACUCAAUAAUGUAGCCACUAGUGCAGAUUGCAUUGCACCACGCAGAGUCACCACUUCUUUUCAUAGUGAUGCUAUCAACUACUUAUCUUCAAAUUAUCAAAUUCCAAAGCUUCGGUCUUUUUUAUGUUUCGAUGAUUUAGAUUCGUCGGGUGUUAAGCUUCCUCUUAGAAACUUCAAAUCUCUUCGAGUGCUAAUUUUAUGUUACAUGGGUAAGCAGCGGGCUCGUAUGAAUGAAAUUGUGAAGUUAAAACACCUCAAUCACCUUGAAUUGGGAGGGCGUACGGUGGUGCUUCCUUACGCCAUAAGCAAUUUGGAAAAUUUGCUGACCUUGGAUCUACAUCAAUGCAACGGAGUCAUCCUCCCUGAGGUCAUCUGGAAAAUGGAGCAACUAAGACAUAUUCGAUUACCUCUUCUCUGUUGGGCUCCUUCAGUCCGUGGGUUCCACUUGGUUCGCCAUGGGUUCCAUCCAUUUGAAGUUUCUUUACCAAACCUGCAGACCCUCCAUAAUUUGCCUGUCAAAGUUUUUGAGGCCAAUUGGUUGCACAGACUUGAUAGUUUGAGAAGACUGCGAGUCCGUUUAAUAACUAAGCAUAUCAUUGAGGUAUUGUCGAGUGCAAACUCCCUGUCACAGAAGCUAGAAGAAUUGCGUAUAAUACGGCCAGCAUAUAUGAAAUCUGCCUUGGAUCUGUCUAGAUAUGUAAGCCUUCGUAAGUUAUACAUGAACGUCAGCGGCAUAGUGGAUUUUGCACGACAUGAUAAAUUGCCAACAUGUCUCACAGAGCUUGUCCUUGAGCACACUAGACUGGAAAUGGACCCAAUGGUGACUUUGAAGAAACUACCUAGACUUAAGAUCCUUAUAUUUGGAAGGGAUUCAUACCUUGGGGAGAAGAUGGUAUGCUCUGGAGAAGCUGACAGUUUUCCUCAACUCGAAGUAUUGAAAAUUGAAGCAAGGAUUCCCGGGUGGAUGUAUAGCGCUCAGAAACCUGAAUUGCGUCUAAAGGAGUUUGUAGCUGAGGAAGGAGCAAUGCCCAAACUCAAGGACCUUACCCUCACUCAAUCCAUACCGAGAAUGAGAGUUCCAGUUAGAAUCAAAAAUAUAAUCACUGUUGCAAUUUGAAAGGAAAGAACAUAGAUAGAGAGAGAAAACUGUUGCAGCACAAAUGUGAGGAAUAAGAUGCAUAAAAAUCAAAUAACUUCUGAAAUUCUUACAGAAUAAAUAGAGGACAGAAAAUUCAAAUCACUAAGAUCAUGGCUAGAAGAUAUCCCAUGACUAAGAUCAUGGUUAGAAGUUAUCCCAUGAUCACAACAAACAACUAACCACUUCCUAGAAAAGUGGAACUAACUGCAAAGUAAAACAGAAACAAAACAUUUUAAAUCCACAUCAGCAUGCACUCCUAAACAUGUCAGCUAACACUCCUCCUUGUUUAGUUUAGCUCUUAAAUCUUCAAACCGGCUAGCUGGCAAAGGUUUUGUGAACAUGUCUGCCACUUGACAUUCAGACUUGCAGUAGAUUAGCUUCACUUCUCCAAUUUGCUGUACUUCUCUUAGGAAGAAAAGCUUGAUAUUAAAGUGCUUUGUCUUCCCAUGAAACACUGGAUUCCUUGAAAUGGCUAUGGCAGCCUGAUUAUCAACAAGAAUCUCAGUGUUCUCCUUCUGCUUUAGGUUUAGAUCAACUAGAAUUUUCCUUAACCAUAGAGCUUGAUUUACAGCUGCUGUAGCAGCAAUGAAUUCAGCCUCUGCAGUUGACUGAGCCACUAUGUCCUGCUUCUUUGAGCACCAAGAGAAUGCACCAGACCCAAGGAAGAAACAAUAUCCUGAAGUGCUCUUUAGAUCAUCUACAGAACCUCCCCAAUCACUGUCUGAAUACCCUAUCAGUUUGAAUUCCUCACACUUCUCGAACUUAAUUCCAAAAUUACAGGUAUUUUUGACAUACCUUAACACCCUUUUAGCUGCUUUGAGAUGCAUUUCAGUAGGACAAUGCAUAAACCUUGACAAAAUGCUUACUGCAUUCAAGAUGUCAGGUCUGGUGGCUGUAAGGUACAUGAGGCAGCCAACCAUGCUUCUAAACUGCACCUGAUCUGCUCCUUCUGUUCCAUCAUUCUUGCUUAGCUUUUCCUUAGCAUUCAUAGGAGUAUUCAUGCCCUUACAUUCUUCAAGGUUGAAUUUAUUUAGAAUCUCCUUAGCAUACUUUUUCUGGCAUAUGAAGAUGUCAUGAUCUUUUUGCCUGACUUCCAUUCCCAAAAAAAAAGCCAUCAGCCCCAGGUCUGUCAUCUCAAAAAGCUCCCUCAUUUCCUGUUUAAACUGCUGAAUCAUGCUCAAAUUGCUCCCAAUCACCAGCAGGUCAUCAACAUAUAGUGACACAACAAGAAUCUCAGAUUCAACCUUCUUUACAUAUAAAGUUGACUCUGACAAGCUUUUACAGAAGUUCAAGUUCUUCAAGUGCUCAUCAAUCCUGCUAUACCAGGCUCUAGGAGCCUGUUUUAAACCAUAAAGGGCUUUCUUUAGGAGAUAAACCUUAUCUUCUUCUCAUUUUUUCACAUAACCCUCAGGCUGAUCAACAUAAAUCUCUUCCUCCAAAUAUCCAUUUAAAAAAGCAGACUUCACAUCAAGUUGAUACACCUGCCAACCCAUCUGUGCAGCAAUAGCAAGAAGAAGUCUAAUGAUGUCCAACCUUGCAACUGGAGCAAAUGUAUCAGAAUAGUCAACUCCAGGUAUUUGUGCAUACCCUUUCACCACAAGUCUUGCCUUGUACUUGUUGACUGUCCCAUCUGCAUUGAGAUUUGUUCUGAACACCCACUUAACCCCAAUAACCUUUCUAUCUUGAGGUUUAUCAACAAGCUUCCAGGUCUGGUUCUUUUCUAUCAUGAACAACUCCUCCUCCAUUGCUGCUCUCCAUUCCUUGCUUUGUUUGGCCUCAUCAUAGCUGGUAGGUUCACAAACAGCUACAUUGCACCUUUGAUAAACAUCAGUUAGUAGCCUAGUACCUCUCACAGGUCUAUCAUCCAUAGCAUCUUCAUCAUUCACCAAAUUCUGAUCUGUAGAAACAAAGUCAGUUAGCUUUAAAUUCUGCCUCUCUUCUGCUUUGUCAUUCCAAUCCCACUCUUCUUCUUCAAAGAAAUGAACAUCUCGGCUUACAACUAUCUUCUCAUUCUGUGGUUGGAAGACUCUGUAGGCUUUGGAUGUAGAGCUGUACCCAAUAAAGACUCCAGGUAGUGCUCUUUCAUCCAAUUUAUCCCUCUUGGCAUGAGGCACAUGAGUGAAACACAAGCUGCCAAACACUUUGAGAUGGAGUAAACUUGGUUUGUAACCAUACCAAGCUUCAAAAGGUGUCACAUCUCCUACUGCCCUUGAGAGAAGCCUGUUUUGCAGAUACACAGCUGCAUUUGCAGCUUCUGCCCAUAGUUUUUUAGGCAGAUUUUUCUCAUGCAGUAAGCAUCUAGUCAUUUCCAGUAUAUACCUGUUCCUUCUCUCACUCACUCCAUUUUGUUGUGGAGUGUAUGGGGCUGUUAACUGAUGAUGUAUGCCUGCAUCUUCACAGAAAUUUUCGAAGGCCUCAGAAGUAUACUCUCUUCCAUUAUCAGACCUCAAAACCUGAAUCUUCACCCCACUUUCAUUCUCAACCUUAGCUUUGAACUUCCAAAAUGCUUGUGCAACCUCUGACUUGUGCUUCAAAAAAUAGAUCCAGCACAUUCUAGUUAAAUCAUCAAUGAAAAUAGCAUAAUAAAGGCUGCCAUUCAAUGAAAGUGUUCUUUGAGGGCCAGCUAUGUCUGUAUGAACUAGCUGCAGCUUCUUAGUGGCUCUCCAAGCUACUUUAGGAAAUGGUUUUCUGGAUUGUUUUCCUGUUUGGCAGGCCUUACAAGAUGGGACUUGAUUUACAAGUUCUGGAAGUCCUAUAGCUACUUCCUUUGACUUCAUUUGCAAUAGGCCUUUAUAAUUAAAAUGCCCUAACCUCUUAUGCCACAACUCAGAGAUGUUACCCUUUACGGAAAAAGCAAUUUACUCCUCCUCCAAUGGAUUAAGAGCAAAGCUUUUUCCACUCAUCUUUACUCUAAACAAAGUUUUCCCUACUGCAUCUUGAAUUAGACAGGUUUUUCUCUCAAACAAAACUUUGUUUCCAUUUUCAAUCAACUGUCCCACACUUAGUAAGUUCUGAUCUAUUUCAGGUACAUAAAGCACACCAGAAAUUAACUUUGUACCAAGACAAGUUUGAAUGGCUACAGUACCUUUUCCUCUUACAGCUAUGUAUUUUCCAUCACCCACUCUGACCUUUGAUGAGCUUGCCCUACCCAAUUCAGUGAAGAGCUCUUUGUCGUGGGUCAUGUGGUUGGUGCAGCCACUGUCUAUCAACCAAUUCUCACUUGAAUUCAUGCUGGAGAAGCCAGUUGCCACAAAGAGGUGAUCUUCCUCCUCUUGAUCAGCAGCUUUGGCUUCUUCUUCAUGUUGCUGAGACUUGGAUCUGCAAAUGAUUGCUACAUGCCCUUUCUGGUUGCACUUAGAGCACUUUGCAUCUGGCCUUCUCCAGCAUUUGAAAGGUGGAUGGCCUUUCCUGUUGCAGUGUUGACAUGGAGGAUAGGACUUCUUUUGAGUCUCCUUUUUUCCAUUAGCAUUAGCUUGUGUAGCAUUGGUGGCACUGUUUUCAUCAUCCUUUUUCUUGCCUUUCCAUUUGCCUUUUGUUGUGCUUUGAUGCUUGACAGUUAAGGCUCCUUCAACUUCAGUAUCCUCCCUCGUUUGCCUUCUCUGCUCUUGUGCUUGAAGAGCAUUUAGCAAUUCUGCAAGAGCAAUUUUUGACAAAUCUUUAGUAUUCUCAAGAGCAGUAAUUGAUGCUUCAUACCUCUCAGGGACUGAGACAAGAAUCUUUUCUACAAUCCUUGAGUCUUUAAAUUCUGCCCCCAGCAAUCUAACUCUGUUUGCUAUGCCCAGCAACUUGUCAGAAUAGUCCUUGAUGGACUCAGACUCUCUCAUCCUUUGAAGUUCAAAUUCUCUGAUUAAAUUCAGAAUUUGCAUGCUCUUAAUUCUCUCAUCACCUGCAUAUUCACUCUUGAGAUAGUCCCAUAUCUCUUUUGCUGAUUUGAAUGACAUAAUUCGAGUGAAAACUGUUGGUGACACUGCUGCAAAUAGGCAAGCUUUUGCCUUUGAUUUCCUGGUCUUCUUCUCCUUAUAUGCUUUUAUUUGUGCCAUAGUAGGAUUAUCAGAAAGUGCAGGUACCUCAUAGUCCUGUUCCACUGCCUCCCAGAGAUCUAGGGCCUCCAAAUAGGUCUCCAUGCACACUGUCCACAUCUAGUAGUUGGUGCCAUCAAACACCUGUGGAGCAAUUGUAGUCAGGUUGGAUUCAGACUCCAUGGUUGCACAGGUCCCUUAAAGAAAAAAGCUCUGAUACCACUGUUGCAAUUUGAAAUGAAAGAACAUAGAUAGAGAGAGAAAACUGUUGCAGCACAAAUGUGAGGAAUAAGAUGCAUAAAAAUCAAAUAACUUCUGAAAUCCUUACAGAAUAAAUAGAGGACAGAAAAUUCAAAUCACUAAGAUCAUGGCUAGAAGUUAUCCCAUGACCAAGAUCAUGGUUAGAAGUUAUCCCAUGAUCACAACAAACAACUAACCACUUCCUAGAAAAGUGGAACUAACUGCAAAGUAAAACAGAAACAAAACAUUUUAAAUCCACAUCAGCAUGCACUCCUAAACAUGUCAGCUAACAAUCACGAUUGACCCAUACAUGAACAUGAGAGGUCAGUACCAUUUGUUGUGUUUUAUUUAUAUUCUUUUGAUUAUGGAUAUCUCGGUCCAAUUCAUUAUCAUUGUUUCACUGUUUUAAUUUGUUUCAUGUACUUGGAAAUUAUGCAUUUUUCUCACAAAAUAUGGGGCUGGCUUUCUUACAUACACACAUGUAAA